AUGUUUCACACACCCCUCGCUCUCCUCGCCCUCGCCCUGGCGGCCUCCGCGUCGCCCGUCUUGCAAGUGCGCGACAACCUCGUGCGCCUCCCGAUGGCGAAGCGCGUCAACCUCACCGGCUCGGGGAGCUUGCUCGACCACGACCAGUUGCGCGCACAGUACCUGCGGGAUCAGGCGAACGCGCUCCUUGAUGGUGUGCCGCUCUCGAUCUUGAGCGAUGUGGCCGCGACGAACAAGGUCGUCGACUACGUCGUCAACGUCCGAGUGGGCAGUCCAGCCACCACCUACUCUCUUCUCGUCGACACCGGUAGCUCGAACACCUGGGUCGGCGCCGGCAAGGCGUACGUUCCCACUUCCAGUUCAAUGAAGACGGGGGACCGGGUGUCUGUCACGUACGGCUCCGGCUCCUUCUCCGGCUCCGAGUUCAUCGACGCUGUGUCGUUCGGGAUCGACCUCACUAUCCCCAAGCAGUCCAUCGGUGUCGCCUCGAGCUCGACUGGCUUCGGCGGUGUCGACGGCAUCAUUGGCAUCGGGCCGGUCGACCUCACCCUCAAUACGCUCUCGCCACACUCUCGUAGCACAAUCCCGACCGUGACGGACAACCUGUUCGCGCAGGGCACGAUCUCCCAGAACCUUGUCGCCGUCUCCUUCGAGCCCACACAGCAGAGGACCAACACCAACGGCGAGCUCACCUUCGGGGGCAUUGACCAGUCCAAGUUCACCGGCUCCAUCACCUACGCCCCGUUGACGACGGUUUCGCCCGCGUCCAAGUUCUUCGGCAUCAACCAGUCGAUCCGCUACGGCACCUCGACCCCGAUCCUGUCCAGCACCGCCGGGAUCGUCGACACCGGCACCACGCUCACGCUCAUCUCCACCGACGCGCUCACGCGGUACAUGGCCGCGACGGGCGCCGUGAGCGACGCCAGGACGGGCCUGCUUCGCCUCACCAACGCGCAGUUCGCGAACCUGCAGUCCCUCUUCUUCAACAUCAACGGCGUCAACUUCGAGCUCACGCCCAACGCGCAGAUCUGGCCCCGCGCACUCAACACCGCGAUCGGCGGGGACAAGAAGAGCGUGUACCUGAUCGUGAACUCGAUCGGGACGUCGACGGGCAAGGGCCUCGACUUCAUCAACGGGAUGACGUUCCUCGAGCGCUUCUACUCUGUGUACGACACCACGAACAAGCGCGUCGGGUUCGCGACCACGCUGUUCACGAACUCGAACUCGAACUGA